AUGAUCUCCAAGAGACUUCAAAAUGUCGUCGCCGGCCGAAAGCUGACGAUACUUAUCAGCGGAGUGCUGUGGGUCCUUGCUUUUUAUAUCUGGAUCCCAGACUGGAACCGUACCCUCGGUCCCGCCUCUACCAGUACCUCUCAACCAUUUUCUCCGCCAUUGGCGCCUCAACCACUUGAUAAGUCAUUUGCACAGCAUGUCGGGCAUGCGCCAGUACCACCUCCGAUGAGACCUGAAGGCUCAAGGUUCCGACCACUGGAUUUAAAACCCCCUAAACCAGGAGCGAUCCUUCCAGGACACACAGAGCCGGAACUUCCAGCACCUGGGUUCACCACACCAGAAAAUGCCCCGCCCAGAGUUGCAGCACCAGGAGUCCUCGUGCCAGAACUCGCUCAGCCAGCACUCAAUAUGCCAGAAAGCAUCGCACCAGGUGUCGCCGCGCCCGAACUCGGCGCACCCGACCUCACCACGCCCCAACUCAGGACACCAGAAGGCACGACACCAGAGCUUUUUGACCCACAACUCACCGGCCCAGAAAUCACUACACCCAAUUCCCUCAAGCCCAUGACUAUCAAGGAAUACACGCCUCCGAUGAACGAAACAAUGUAUCGAGAGAUUUCGUCAAUCUCAACCCCAGAUGGCAAAUAUUCCCGGAUUCACUGGGGCGAUGGAAUCGAGGGGGUAAACCCUAGCAUAUUACCACAUCCAACCGUGCCCGGCAUCUACAUCAUGGCUGCACAACGACAAGCUAUUGGCGAAGCCUUCAAGCAUUCGCAGGUGGUGUUUUGUAACGCGGUGUACGAAGAAGGACUGCUAUAUUGCAUUGAAAUGCCGAGCCUUUUACCCAUCGAACCCACGCCACCCUGCAAAGGCGACGAAUUAUAUGGACCGCACGAUGUCCGGAUGUUCUACGGACCGGAAGCUCCGUAUAUAACGUACGGAUCACAUUCGGCGUUUUCUUGUCACGGCAUGUGGGUGCAUGACCUUCGGGCACUGGUACCAGAACUCGACGCAAUAUCCUACAUCAAAGACACACUCUUCUCGGCCGAGCCAAAGGAAUUUCUCGAACCCGUUGAUAUCCAGCGUCCACCACCAUAUGAUCACAUUGAGAAGAACUACUUUCUGUUUUGGGAUCUGGAAGGAAGCACAUACGUUCAUCAGGAUCUAUGGCCAGAGCGUGUGCUGACAACUUUGUUCGCGAAUGGCUCAGUUUCAAGCAACCUGUCUCCCAAAGAGGACCAAACGUGUCUGUCGAGGCUUCUUCCCAAUCUAUCGCUUUACACGCACACAAGUCCCGGCAUCAAAGUGAACGCUAUCCACCAAAGUAGCAACUCUCUUCUGGUGACACUGUGCUCACGGGACGACCCUGAAUGCGUCCCCUCAUCGUCCAACACCGUGGUCAUGGCCAUUUUCCAACACAAAGAGUACUACGAGUCACAUGCGUUGUACCACCCCUAUGCCCUGAUCUUCAACGCCACGGCGCCGUUUAAUGUCUUGGCGGUGUCACGGCGCGCUCUAUGGAUCAACGGUCGUGACAUGCUGACUCGCAAAACCGAUGCGAUCUACUGGCGUCUUUUUGACGACGCCUUGCUGCCGAAGGGACACACUGAGAUGUUCUUCGUCACUAGCAUCAAUUGGAUGACACCGGGGAGUGGAUACCAUGGGUUUAUCGACGACGACGUCCUGGUGGGCUUUGGGAUCGAGGACACCAGAUCAGCAGUAAUUGAUGUGAAGAUGGAGGACUUGUUGCAAGAGCUGAAUUGGUGCGCUGAGGAUAUGGAUGGCAACGAUGGCGCUGAUGCAGCUAUUGUCAACGCCACGAAUGGAACCGAAUUAGACCACGGCUCGGACAAUCCGCAGUCUCCUGCGCAUGAUGACGACGACAAUGACGACGAUCACGAACAACGUUGA